AUGGCCGAGUCCAUUCCUAUGACAGUCGUCGACCUCUCCUCGGGCUGGUCUUUCAAGCAGGCUGACCAGGUUGACGAGAGCUCUUGGCUGCCGGUGAAGAAGGUGCCAUCUACUGUCCACCAGGAUCUGAUUGAUAAUGAUCUAUUACAAGAUCCAUUUAUUGGGUUCAAUGAGAUCAAGGCGGAAUGGGUAGGGCUGAAGUCAUGGAUCUAUCGCACCAAGAUCGCAAACCCUCCAGCGCCAGACGGAGCGAGAGUGGUUUUGGCCUUCGACGGCUUAGAUACGUUCGCUCAUGUCAGACUGGAUGGGUUGACUAUCCUCAAGUCUGACAAUAUGUUCCUGCCUUAUCGUGUUGAUGUUACUGGUGCCAUCAAAUCGGGCACUGACCACGACUUGGAGAUUGAGUUCGAUUCUGCCUUUCUCAAAGCUCGAGAAAUCAAGAACCAGUACCCCGAGCACAAGUUUGUUUGCUUCAACGGAGAUCCAGCUCGUCUGGCCGUAAGAAAGGCACAAUAUCACUGGGGUUGGGACUGGGGCCCCGCGUUGAUGUGUGCUGGGAUAUGGAAACCGGUUCGCCUUGAAAUUUACUCCUGGAGGAUAGCGGAUGUGCGGAUAGAUAUCAACAUUUCAGCCGACCAGACAGUCGCGACAAUUCACACCACUGCCAACAUCGAGGGAGCCGAGAGUGAUAGCGAUCAUUCCUCUGUGCUGGCUAGAUUCGACGUGAGUAUUGGAGAAAAGAUCAUUGCUACCAACGUCGCCCAAUGUGAGUCCAAUGGAUGGGCGGCCAGCCAACUGCGGGUCUCCAACCCCGAACGUUGGAUGCCGAACGGGUAUGGACAGCAGCCCCUUUACAACGUCCGGGUGACUAUCACGGUCGAUGGAAUCGACCUGCACACCGAGACCAGACGAGUCGGUCUGCGGAAAGUGGAGCUCGUUCAAGAACCUGAUUCUCACGGUAAGUCCUUCUAUUUCCGGGUCAACGGCGUCGACAUUUUCUGCGGCGGCUCCUGUUGGAUACCCGCGGAUAGCUUCUUGACCAACAUCACCCCGGAGAAGUACCGGGCCUGGAUUGAAUUGAUGGUGCCUGCAAACCAAAAGAUGAUCAGAGUCUGGGGAGGCGGCAUCUACGAACAUGACGCGUUCUACAAUGCGUGCGACGAACUGGGAAUCCUGGUCUGGCAGGACUUCAUGUUCGGCUGCGGCAAUUACCCUUGUUUCCCAUCCAUCCUAAGGUCGAUCCAGGCGGAGGCUGUGGCUAAUGUCCGGCGAAUUCGCCACCACCCCUGUCUUGCCAUUUUCGCCGGGAACAAUGAGGACUACCAGGUGGCCGAGUCGGCCCAUUUAACCUAUGACUACGAGGACAAAAAUGAGCAACACUGGCUGCAGUCUGAUUUCCCGGCACGGUACAUCUACGAGUCGCUGUUGCCCAAGGUCUGCGCAGCCGAGGCCCCCUCGGUUGCCUACCAUCCCGGAUCCCCAUGGGGCGACGGCAAGAUCAGCUCGGAUCCCACCGUCGGAGACCUGCACCAGUGGAAUGUGUGGCAUGGGACGCAGGAGAAGUAUCAAAUCUUCGAUUCCCUGGGUGGGCGUUUCAACUCGGAAUUUGGAAUGGAAGCAUUCCCUCACCUGGACACAAUCCGGUGGUUUGUGGAGAAGGAAGAGGACCUCUUCCCGCAAAGUCACGUACUUGACUUCCACAACAAAGCCGACGGGCACGAGCGACGGAUCGCAACAUACUUGGUAGAAAACGUGAGGACGGCGACGAAGCUCGAGACCUACAUUCACUUGACUCAGCUCAUCCAGUGUGAGGCUCUGAUGUUUGGCUACCGGGGAUGGCGCCGGCAGUGGGGCAAUGAGAGACAGUGUGGCGGUGCCUUGGUAUGGCAGCUGAACGACUGCUGGCCAGUUACCAGCUGGUCGAUCGUCGACUACUUUCUGCGGAGGAAACCUGCAUACUAUGCCAUGGCGCGGGCGCUAGCCCCUGUGGCGGUAGGUAUUCGUCGGGCUCACCACGACUGGAGUGUGACUCAUGCCCGCGAGCCCCGGACGCAGGAUUGGGAGCUAUGGGUGGUGAGUUCCCGGCUGACAGAGAUCACGGCUGAUGUAGAGGUGAGGUUUGUAUCAGUCCGGACGGGACUGGAGAUUAAGGACAGCAUUGUGAAGAAAGGUGUCUGGGUUAGAGCGAACGGCACCACCAAUGUCCUUGAAGGAUGUGUUGAUAACAUCCGCGAAGAGCCCCAUGUUUUGGCAGCGCGGAUUUGGGUCGGUGGGGAGCUGGUAGGCCGCGACACGGAUUGGCCACAACCUCUGAAAUACCUCCCUUUUCCGGGUCGCAAGGUCAAGGUCGAGGUGGUGGGGAACGAAAUGCAUGUAUCUGCAGAAAGGCCGGUGAAGUGUUUAGUGUUUGAAGAACGCGAAGGGUGCCACCUAAGUGACAGCGCGAUUGAUGUGGUGCCCAAUGACAAGCAAGUCAUUCGGGUUCGAGGGCUGGCGGCCGGAUCACCUGCAUUGCGCUGGACAUACCUGGGCGCUGGAGAGCAGUAG